GCCUGAAGACGCCUGAAGAGGUGUCGCUGGUAUCAGCUUUCAUGUUUUCAGCUGUACAGUUUGAUAAGGUUUGAUAAUUUCAUUAGUUAAAAUGCACGUUUAACUCCAGAUUACAUUCUCUGUUGUCCCCAUAUUAUAGCUAAAAGAGAAACCAAGCAUAUAAGUUAUAAUAUUAUAACAAGAUCCCAUAAGAAACAGCUGCUCUGAGAAGGUUCUGACGAUGAAACUGGCGUGGUUAAUAAUCCUCUUGGUGGAUUUCUGCUAUGCGGAACCAUCAGUCACUGACGUAUGGCGCCGUGAUCAACCGAAAUCUAUUUUUCCAGUCAACGGAAAACACCUUCGCUUGCUUGCUAAUCCACUCGAUGGAAUAUUCGACUUGAAAAGAAACUCGACUGGUCAUGUCGUCCAGUUAGCGGGACCCCUUCCUCUCGCACUCGAUUGGCUUUCACAUCGCUACAACUUCACAUACUCCUACGUUCCCAUACUUGAACCUCGUAUAAACGUGGAUGACUUGCCCAACAAACGUGGAGGAAUAGGCUACUUACGUCAAGGGGAGGCUGACUUGUUCAUCAGUGCUAUUGUCGGAUCUCCAACCCGAUUUAAAUAUGCAGAUUAUUCCGCUCCGUGGUUGUCUUCUCCAUUUAGUAUCCUCAUUCCCAUCCCGAAUUCUUCUGCUAAUGUUGGCGCAUUGAUUGAGCCGAUGAGUACUGAAGUGUGGAUCUGCAUCGCUCUAUCAGUUCCGGCCGUCAUUGCAAGUCUGAUUGGUCUGAGCAAAUGUAUUAACGCACUCAACAAACGAAUAGGAUCAAAACCAAUAGAAAAUAAUUCCGGUGGCAGUAUUCAAAUAAUCGACUAUGUCGUCUGCGUCAUUCUUUCUCAAGGUGCAUAUUGCGAGAAGAGACAGCUAGCGUUUCGUAUAGCAGCGGCUGCCUGGUGUCUGGCUUGUUUCGUUCUUGUUCAAGCCUACAGUUCGACGCUGAUCGCUUUCAUUACGUCACCAAAUACUAAACCCAUAAUCAAUUCAGUUUACGAUAUUCCUAAAGUGCCCGGUCUAAAAAUCACAGUCGACAGAGAUUAUGGAGCAGAUAUAAAGCUGCUGCAAACUGAUUUUGGUAUUUACAAAAAACUUGGUGAUUCACUGAGGGAAGAUCCGAGUCUUCGUUGCAAUAAAACAGAAUUUUGCCUUGACAAAGUUCGAUCAGGAAAUUACGUUUAUAUUCACGGAAAACCGAUCGUCCAGAAAAUUAUUGCCAUGGAUCGAGAGCGGACAGGAUCAUGCCAUUUUACUGUUGCUUCAGAAACUUUUAUGGCGGGCCAUCUUUAUUGGUUGUUGUCAAAGAAAAGUCCCUACACAGAAACCACUAAUCGGGGCAUAUUAAGGAUGCAGGAAACUGGUUUAUUGGGGAAGUGGAUGGAAACAUUCAACCCUGAAGGGACAAAAUGUUUAUUGAAGAAAAACGCGGAGAAAAACGGAAUCUCUCGAAUUAGCCUACAAAAUUUGACAAGCGCGUUUAUUCUAUUGAUAUUUGGAAUUAGCGGUUCAAUUCUCAUCUUUUUGGUCGAAUUCAUGAUGAAUCGUCUGUUCAGGCGCGAUUCUUCUCGCAAAAUUUCUCACUGAGGGGUUGCCAAUUUUUUUUCCGUGAUUCACUUAUCCGGAAAAUUGAAAAGCCGAAAAUCUAGAGGAUUAAUAGAAUUUUUAGAAAUUUAAGGGAAAAUUUAAAAAAUUUAAUGGAAGAAAAAUUUUAA